GCGCUUCAGUAUCGUCGCGUCCAUCGAGGGAGUCGGUUCACGGCGAGGACGGUUUCCCUCUUCUGUCGCGUAACAAAAGUCCGAUCCGGUCGGUUCGUUGAUAUUCGCUCGUACACUCGAAUCUGAAAGCAUUUUUGUACUUGUUCCCCCCCCGGUGAAUCGGUUCCGUUUCUUUCGCGACGCGAUGAAAAUAUCUUGUUCCUUCGACGACGAGGGCUAGCCUUGCCCUUGAAACACGGUCGAGUUUUCGAGUGGAAACGACGCAACGACGUUUCGUUCCGUACCAGCUGUGCCGGAAUCGCCACGACCGCGUGUGUGUUGUGUUCGACGUUUUUCCCUUGUUUUGCCGCGUGUGACCUGGCUGUCGUUCGCGUCCUAACCUGUCCGUGACAAAAGAAGACCGUACCCUCCGCGUUAUUUUACUUUCGUGCCUUGGUUGUUCAGUUCUGGUUUGGUGAUUGUUGGUGAAUCCAUCGGGACGAUAUCGCGAAAAGAACAAAGGUACGACCCACGGGGCUGUGAUUAGAGGGACAGAGACCGUGAAACGAGAGAGGAGAAAGGAAGCGAGAUAUCGUGGUGUAUCGAUCGAGAACGGUGCUUGCAGUUGACACCGCUGAAUCCUGGGGCAAUUGGAGUGCACCGCGGGACUUGUUGAUCCUGAACGGGUACACAAUCGUCAGGUGGAAAUUGCGAUAGGCGGGGGCAGGUGCUGUUCAGGUUAGAAUGCAGCGAUACGAGACGCGGUGCUCGUUCGCAACGAGGCUAUGAGAAGGCUGAAUGGAGGCCGAGGAAUCCUCAGAGCCCCCUGGGGCUCCGACCAAUCUUCCCUCGUCCGUCUGCACCGAGAUCAAUCGUAGCCGCACCAGCUCGAAGCCAAUCUAGACCCGAACCGCCAGCUAAUAUCCGCGUAAACGCGAAUCUAUCCAGCUUGCCGUUGUGUCGUCGAUCAACGAAAAACCUUGGACAUCGUCAAGCUUUACACAUUCGAAAACGAUUUUUGCCUAUACCCAUAGACGGCCUCCUCGUCCUCCCUACGCACAUGCUUCUAUUUAAUAUGACGGUGAAUCAAAGGAACAAACAGACGAUUCAGUUGUACGAUUGAAGAAAGGAUAGAAAGAAGAAGAACGGGAACAUGGCUGCACCGGUGAUAGAGAAGAAACGGUUCUUCUGCCGUGAAUGGGCGUUCAUCAAGCUGUCCCACUGUUUGGAACAGAGGCCGGCAUCGAAGACCUGCGGUGCUCUGAUCGUUGGUGGUCCAGGAAGUGGGAAGACGGCUCUUUGCGCCGAAUUAGCAUGGCCAUCGAGCGGUGCCAAUGCUAGACAUCAAAGGUCAUUGAACAGGAGACUGCUCGCGAGGCACUUCUGUCAGGCUAGAAGCGAGGCAUCCUUGUCUCCUGCGCAAUUCGUCAGAUCCUUGGUUGCUCAGCUUCUACAGGCUAGCUCCGAUGGUAUUCAUAGAGCCUCUCCAAGUUCGCCAACACCGAGCAGUACCGCCGCAACCACCAACACCACCACCACGGUUCCUCUAACUUCGAGGGAAGCCGUGGCCGAAGCGUACGCCGAGAAACUCAGGACAGAUCCGGAUAUACAGGCCGCGUUGCAACCGGACGUUCUCGACCGUGAUCCCGAUGACGCUUUGAAAAAGGCUCUACUGAUACCCCUGUUAGAGGUUGAGCCACCGAAAAGUUGUUUAUUCUUGUUAGUCGAUUCGAUCGACGAAGGUCAAACGCUUAAUCCUCCGCAAACCGGCACCCGAGACUCCAGAAGGGAGAACGAAAAUGUCAGUAGAACAAUUGCCGAACUGCUAGCUAAUCACCAUCACUUGUUCCCUCAAUGGCUGUUGCUGGUAUGUACUGCUCGACGUCAGAGCAAAACCAUCUCCCGCAUGUUCACCGGCUUCAGGAAGAUCUCGUUGGACGAUCUUAGAAAGUCGCAGGUUGUGAGAGACGUUCAACAGUACAUUCUUGCGCGGUUGGAUCAAGAAGAUGCGCUCAGGCAGCACAUCUCGCGCGACACAGCCGAGAUGCUAAACCAGCUGCACAUCAAGAGCAACGGUUGUUUCCUGUACCUGGAGAAGGUUCUCGACGGCGUAGCCGAGAACUUCAUCGUGCUACGCGAGGUUCGAGAGAUACCAGGCACCCUGAACGGUCUCUACCUCUGGCUGUGUCAAAGACUCUUCAGCAGAAAGCAAUUUGCCAAAGUACAACCGUUGUUGAACGUGAUCCUAGCCGCGAAACUCCCGAUCACCCAGGAGAUCCUCUACAAAUGCGUCAAGACAGCCUGCGUCAGUAUCACAAUCGAGGAUUUCAAUCGACGUUUGCAUCUUCUACGAAGAGUCAUCUCGGUAUCCCGUGCCGGAGCGUUGAUGCUGUUCCAUCAUAGCUUCGCCGAAUGGUUGCUGGACGUGAAACACUGCACGCAGAAAUAUCUCUGCUCGGCUGUCGAAGGACACGCGAUGCUGGCCGCUUACUACACUCUUCGCGGUCCAGAUCUCAAUCCCGACGAGAUCUGCGUGUUGGGACAACAUCUCCAAAGAGCUAUCACCAGCGUAGCGACCACCAACUGUAAUUUAGACGUGCACACGCUCCAGGUGCUCUGGAUGAUCGGCAGCGGAGCACCUAUCGAGGAAUGUUACUUGGAUAGCUCCGAAUGCAUCCUCUGGCCUAGGCAGGAAGCGAAGCUGCUGAAACUACUGAUCGAUGCAGGCGCCAAGCCAUCCGAAAAGGUCGUCGAAGACGACACCAAUAAGGAUGCUGUUUCUUCUAGUCAGGUCUCGCAAGAUGUGAGCCCUAUGGAUGAGUCUCCUAGCGAGCCAUUAACAGAACUGCUCGGUGAAAGCGGAGACAUCAAUCAAGCUGAUUCUUGCGGGCGUACAGUGCUGCACACGCUUGCUGCAGACGGUAAUGCAUCUCUAUUGGAACUAGCUUUAGCAACGUGUCCUCAGGCUAAAUUGGAAGCCACCGAUCGUCAUGGUCAAACACCCUUGAAUCUUGCUGCCAGACAUGGUUACGCAGACGUGGUCCGAGUACUCUUGGCUGCUGGAGCUUGCGCUGAUCAUGCUGACUGCGAUGGAUGGACAGCCCUUAGAGCUGCUGCUUGGGGUGGACACACUCAGGUGGUCGAAAUGCUGUUGGAGCACGGAGCAUUGGUGGAUUGCGCUGACUGGGAUCAACGAACCGCUCUCAGAGCAGCUGCGUGGGGUGGCCACGAGGACAUCGUUAAAGCACUUCUGCAGCACGGCGCCGACGUCAACAGAACGGAUGACGAGGGCAGAACCGCCUUAAUUGCUGCUGCCUACAUGGGUCACAGCGAGAUUGUCGAACACCUUCUAGACUUCGGCGCGGAGAUCGAUCAUGCUGAUAGCGAUGGAAGGACUGCUCUCAGUGUAGCUGCUCUAUGCGUUCCUUCCAAUCAUGGUUAUGCAAAAGUUGUUACAAUACUGUUAGAAAGGGGUGCCGCUGUUGAUCACCAAGACAAAGAUGGCAUGACUCCGUUGUUAGUGGCUGCAUUUGAAGGACACAGAGACGUCUGCGAGUUGCUGUUGGAAUACGAGGCAGACGUGGACCAUUGCGAUGCCACUGGACGCACACCUUUGUGGGCAGCCGCCAGCAUGGGCCACGGAUCGGUGGUCGCUCUUCUGUUGUUCUGGGGAUGUUACGUUGACAGCAUCGAUAACGAGGGCAGAACCGUUUUGAGCGUGGCCGCUGCACAGGGUGGCACUGACGUAGUAAAACAAUUAUUAGACAGAGGUUUGGAUGAACAACACAGGGAUAAUUCUGGCUGGACACCGUUGCACUACGCCGCGUUCGAAGGUCACAUCGACGUUUGCGAAGCUCUACUGGAAGCUGGAGCUAAGAUCGACGAAACUGAUAACGAUGGAAAGGGUGCUUUGAUGCUUGCCGCGCAAGAGGGUCACGCUACUCUGGUCGAAAGAUUGCUGGAACAACAUGGUGCACCCAUCGAUCAACAUGCUCACGAUGGGAAAACAGCUCUUAGAGUCGCGGCGUUAGAAGGGCAUUACGACACUGUCAGAGUACUGUUGGCUCACAACGCAGACGUGAACGCAAAAGACGCUGAUGGUAGAAGCACCCUAUAUAUUCUUGCUUUGGAGAACAGACUGGCGAUGGCACGGUUUCUGUUGGAACACGCUCGCGCUGACGUGGAAAGUAGAGAUUCGGAAGGAAGAACUCCUCUGCACGUGAGUGCUUGGCAAGGACACGUGGAGAUGGUUGCUCUACUGUUAACCGAAGGUGGUGCCAGUGUGAACGCCUGCGACAACGAGAACAGAACUCCUCUUCAUUCAGCGGCUUGGCAAGGCCAUGCUGCUAUCGUUAGAUUGCUUCUGGAACACGGGGCUACUCCUGAUCAUACUUGUAAUCAAGGCGCAACUGCUCUAGGUAUCGCUGCACAAGAAGGUCACGAACACUGUGUACGAGCUCUUCUGAAUCACGGUGCGGAUCCUAGCCAUUCUGAUCACUGUGGUCGUAAUGCGAUCAAAGUGGCCGCCAAAAGUGGCCACGACACUGUGGUCAGGCUACUAGAGGAACAUUCGGCUAAUCAACGAAGUCUGAGACCCGGCAUUAAUGGAGGUGGUAGUAGCAGUGCUACCUCGGUAACAUCAAACUCGACAGCGGAAACGAAACCAUCGUCCGCAAUUUUAAAUCCUCUAUCGACACAGUACAGUCCAGCCGAAUCGCCAGAUUCCACGAAGAGACGAAGCUGCGUUUCCCUCGGCAAUAAUUCUAGCAACAGUAAAUCAAGUAGCAAUCUAACGGGCAGCACUAAGAGCGAUCAAGGAAAAUUCAAUCAGAAUUCGAUGGUGAAUCAGGUAAUCAAAACACCAUUAUCUUUCACGCAACAACUGCAACAAUGCUCGAGGGGAGCGAAGAGUCGUCCGCUGAGCAAAUUAUUGUCGCCUUUGAAAAGCGAACCCCAAAGUCCGAUCUAUGCAUCGCCGCCUCAUUCACCGUUGAGCGACAGCCUUAUACCUUACUCGCCCACGAAUACCAGUCCCCCGAGUGCCCAAACAGCGGCAAACGUGAUACAAAGUCAGCUUGGAGUAUCUUUGUUGACCGCUAAUCAGAACGUACCGUACAAAGCUCAGAUCGGUGGAUACAAUCAUACUUCAGCCAUCUACGAACCUAUUAACAUAAAGACGGAGAUCAUCGACAAGAACGAUAUCAGCAAACCGUUCGAACUGACGAACGAGAUGUUAGGUUUAAGUGUCGCGAAAGACAAGAAAAAUGGCCUCGACGAGAAGAGAAACUCGGCUGAUACUCACUUCACUAGGGACACUCAUAUGAGGAUAAUACUAGGUAACAGUGGGGCUGGUGUUGGCAGAAGCGUGAAACAUACCUCUGAACAUACGCCUGCCAGUGCGAGCAAUGCAAAACCAAAGCGCAAUGGCUUGGUUUCCAACCCGGCCAUGAGAUUAGUAGCAGGUGUUAGAAAUGGAAUUGAGAAUGCAACUAAUAGAAAUAAACCAAUUACAACGCGAGUAAAUGGAUUUCAGUGGAAAGCAGAGGCACGAAAGGAAACACCUUUGUAGGGACAGGCUGUAUUGUCUGAACCACCACCUCAGCAGGAUACCGGAAUCCGUUAUUGCGGUUGGCGAAUCGUAAUUACCAAAAAGCGGAAGUCAAUAAAUAAAUUUUUCUCUUUUUAUUUGAG